AUGACCAAUAGUGAAAGACAGCCCUUAUUAGAAUCGGAUCAACAUGAACUACCUACUACCUCGGAUAUACCCGUGUUUCCAGACUCCCUUCCGGGUGCCACCUACGGGAAGAAUAUCAGCUGGUCUAGCGCCUACAUCUUGGUAGUUUCACGAGUCAUUGGGAGCGGCAUCUUUGCUACUCCGGGAUCGAUCGUGAAAUCUGCCGGGAGUGUCGGAUUGACGCUGCUUGUUUGGCUUGUUGGUACAAUCCUAUCAGCAUGCGGGCUAUCAGUAUCAAUGGAAUAUGGCUGCAUGCUACCGCGUUCAGGGGGAGAUAAAGUAUAUCUGGAAUAUACCUAUCGCCGACCGAGAUUUCUCGCUUCAACUCUGGUCGCGAUACAUGCAGUCGUUUUGGGUUUCACUGCGAGCAACUGCAUUAUUUUCGCCAAAUAUACAUUAUUUGCAUUCGAUAUCCAGCCUACCGAUCUUCAAUACAAAGCUUUAGCGAUCGGUCUUUUGACCGCCAUUACCAUAAUUCAUGGCUUCUUUUACAGAACCGGCAUCAUCAUCCAGAAUGCCCUGGGAUGGGUGAAAAUAUUUCUAAUCGGCGCCAUGUCAUUGACAGGAAUCUGGGUACUACUUCUGCAGUUCUUCGGAGGUGUGAAUACCUCUCCUGGGGCUAAGCAAGUCCUCAGUGGCGUGUCAUGGGAUACGCUAUGGGACGGAUCCAACUGGAGCUGGAAUCUGUUGUCGACUGCACUGUUCAAGGUCAUCUACUCUUAUGCAGGGUUAAGCAACAUCAACAAUGUGUUAAAUGAGGUAAAAGAUCCCGUUCGCACGCUCAAAACGGUGUGCCCGUCAGCUUUGGCUACGGCCGGAAUUCUCUAUUUGUUGGCCAACCUAUCUUAUCUUCUUGUCGUUCCCUUGGAUGAAAUUAAAAACAGCGGAGAGCUGGUUGGCGCUCUACUUUUUGAGCGGCUAUUCGGCAGCAUUGGGAGCACUCUCUUCCCAAUGGCCAUUGCAAUUUCAGCAGCUGGCAACGUGAUGGUAGUGACAUUCGCAUUGGCACGAAUCAAUCAAGAAAUAGCCCGUCAGGGCUUCCUGCCUUGGCAAAAUCUAUUAUCGUCUUCUCGUCCCUUCGGCACUCCACUCGGCGGUCUUAUCGUACACUACGUACCAUCUCUUCUGGUAAUCGGCUUACCACCGCAACAAGACGUCUACAACUUUAUCCUCGAUGUAGAAGGAUACCCCGGUAAUGUCAUGGCUCUCGCCAUCACCGUCGGACUGUUGAUUCUACGAUACAAAGAGCCCAAUCUCCCGCGACCAUUCAAAGCUUGGCUUCCAGCUGUUUGGCUCCGAGUUUUAGUUUGUAUCACACUACUGGUAGCGCCUUUCAUUCCACCCCCAGGUCUACAAGGAGACGUCCACUUCUUCUACGCAACGUAUGCUAUUGUUGGCAUUGCCAUGUAA